AUGAUUUGUCUGUUUGGCAACUGCAACUGCCAGACGGGAAUAUUUGGUCUCUAUGAUUAUGUAAGCUUUCUUUAUCAUUCUCCCUCAUCUUGUCGCGUGCGAUUAGUACUCUCACUUCCAGCUUCCCCUAAUCACAUGGAGGAACAAAGCCCCAAAUUUGAGUCUUCCUUCCCACGCAGAACGAGUGAAGGACCGGUGGAUGAUGUUGGAAAGUCUCCGCCAGCAUCAUUCUACAGAGAGCUUUUAGCAAACAAAGCUCAACAGCCCCAGUUGUCAGAAGACGAGGAAGACCAUAAUCCAAAAGACUUCCUGUUUAAGGAAGAUAGUGAAGAUGAACUACUUAUACCAGACUCCGAAAAUCAUAACUCCAGUUCCACAAGUCCAAGAAAGUUCAAGGUCGAGAAUAUUCGUUGGGGUAGUGACACCUUGAAUGGAUCGAUUCUACCGUUGAAUUCUCAAGGGAGUAAUCUUCAGAGCCUUCUCUCAAAUGUUGGAGAAUUGGAGCAUCUACUAUCCAAGGAUGUUGCUAAGCAUUCAAAAUACCUAAAAGAGCAAAGUAGCAAAGUUGAAAAGGCGCGGGCUAAUAUUGUGACAAAUUUGACCAGAUUGAGCUUGGUGUUAUCCAGUAUCUUCAACACAUACCAGGCGAAGGCACAAGACAAACAAGCAAUCUUGGACAAGAUCGAAGAAUGGGAGGAUGAGAAGAAAUCCUUGCUUGAUGACAUGAAAGAAGUUUUGUCUACGGAUGAUAAUGCGGAUGGUGAGACUCACAAAUUCUUAGAGUUGGCAAGCGAAAGCAUAAAUGUUGAAAACGAAAUAGAAGCUCUGGAGACAAGGCUGAAGCAACUGAAGAUUAAACAGAGAACUUUAAAAAAUGAGUGUUUCCAAUCCCAAGGAAUAAUUGAAAGCAGGCUUUCAAAUUUUGUCCAAGCCGUUGAAAAGAUCGAAAUGAGAGAAAGAAAGAGUAUAGAACAAGUGGUCCAACAAUUAUCAGAGAACCAAUUAGGUUACUGGAAUGAUAAUUUGGCACUAGAGGUAAUGAAUGGCCUGACUAUCAAUCCAGGAGACAUCAGUUUAGUUGAAGAAUACGAACCAGUGGACAUAUUGAAACAAGUAGAAUCAUUAGAGAAACCUACAAUUGCUGCAGAUUACCACCUGCCCAAAAACACGAACAAGCAAGCAUCUAGGUUUACUAGGCAACUGUUGGAAUUCAACUACAAAUGCCAACCCAAACUGAAUGUAUAUCCUGUUGUUGGACUAAUCACAAAAGAAUUGAAAGAAGACUCUGCUAAGGAACAGGAGUAUAAACACAGAUACGACCAAGUCACUCAUACCCUAUCGGCACUAAAGGAUUCCUUUGCUCUGAUUUAUCAUACUGAACAACAAUUGCAAUCAAUAACUCAAUCUACUCAAGAUUUAAAGGAUUUCCAGAGUUUGAUGAAUCAAAUGGUUGAAUCACUCUUGAAAACUCACUCUGAAGCAGACCAGUACAAUCUCUAUUUGGCUAAAGAUGUGUUGGCACAGGAAAUAUCCAUUAUUCACCAGGCUUUAAAUAAAUUAAACCAAUCUACAGAAUAUUCAUCGGUUGAGUCUGAUAAUGUGAAGAAUCAUGAUGGAUUAUUAUUUCAGACAUUUUCCAAAGCUCAAGAACGAACCAAGCUACCCUCUAUCAAAUCAGCAACAUCCAUUCGUUAUGCGCCAUCACUCUAUAACUCACUUUCGCCUACUAGCACCAGCAAGACUACAGCUAAAGGGGAAGUAAAUUAUGAUGCUGGAAUCAACAAAUACACCAAAGUCAAAGAAGUUCUUAGAUCUGGAAAAGGUAAUAAGGAUGAGUAA